AUGCAGGAAAUCAUCGACACAGUGAACCGCUACACGCUGCGAAGCGCAGCCUUCCGGGAUAAGCCCACUCCAGGCCUUGCGGCGCGACAGUUUCUCUGCUCGCUGCUGCUGCAUCGAAAGCUGGAUUCUAUCCGGCUGUCCUCGAUAGCACGUUACAUGUUCUCGACAGAGGCGCUCAUCGCCGUCUCGCGUGAUGGCAUUCAGACCAUCAGCUGCGAAGGCAACACAUUGUGGCCCAUUUGUACAAUUCCAAACGGACUAACGAGCGAGAUUUCGGGUGUGGCAGUGACACCUGAGGGUACGCUUGUCUGCAGCUCCAACGGCAUCUGCUACCUUGAAGGCGAAAAUCUGAGAGUGGCGGAGGAUUGUGCGUCCAGCAGCUACGCGCAAAAUGUACUUUGUAUCUCGUGCACACCUGACGGCAGGUACAUCGCAACCGGGGGUGGCACGGCCACGGUCACCGUGUGGACAUCCGAUUUGAAGCCCCUUCACCAUUUUGCUGGCCACACAGACUGGGUUCGCUUCGUCAAAUUCGCACGCGGCAGGUCACCUGCGCUGCAGCUUUUCAGCACGGGCGACGACGGGGUGAUAUGCCAGUGGGAUGUGCUCGCCGGCUCCCUCAUCUCGCGGGUCGACUACUCGCUAGGAGAGAGCAUUCAGCUCUUCGAGGUAAGCUACUACAGUGGCCUCAUGGCCAUCUCCAGCGGAACAUCGCUCAUUGCCCUAUACUGUCCCCAGUCAGACAACACCACUCGCGCUGUCGGGGAGGAUGUCCUUCGCCUGCAGCCGAUGGCGCUUAUCACGGGUGCCCACGAAUACACCCCCACAGCUGGAAAGUUCACGGAUGACUCUCAGUGGCUUGCCAGCGCAUCUGAGGAUGAGACCAUUGCUCUCACGUAUGUCCUUGACCCGCAAACGUGCUUUGUGUGCAAAAAGUUCGUCACCCGUCGCCGAUGCUUCUCUUUCAUGAACAUUUUCAACUCCAUCUGCAUUUUGGCUGCUCCGCCUGUUUCAUCUGUGAUUGUUAUUGCCGCGUGCUCGAGUGACGGCACUGUGGUGCAGUGGGUGGUUGAUCCCCGUACAAACAGAGCGAGCUACACAAAGAAGCUGCAACUUCACUUGGGCUCUUUUUUAGGCAUGGACUUGAUCCCCGGUGACGACCUAAACCACCUGUUGUGA